AGUGCACGGAUUGCGCGUUCAUGCGAACGACCCUGACUUAACUUCCAGGAGAAUCAGCGGUGAAGUUUGGACAAGGAAAACCGCACUUGGUUCACUGUGUUGGGGGACUGUGGAACGUCCAGUGACGCUAAAGCAGACAAGCACCAUGGACGACCUGGAUGCCUUACUAGCUGACCUGGAAUCGACUACAUCCCACAUUUCAAAGCGACCAGUGUUUUUGCCAGACGAGACCCCCUACUCCAUCCCCACCAGUGGACACUAUUACCAGGAUGUAUCAGUUCCACCUCCAGUCCCUCCUCCACCAACAGCUGAGGCUCUCAAUGGUGCACUGCAAGACCACAAAGACUCCCACCACUCCUCUCAGCAGUCUCUAGGUUCAGCCCAAAAGAACUCGUGGUCGAGGGACAGUAGCAGCUCUCCACAGUCUCACAUCGAAGAAGACCACGUCUACAGCUUUCCUAACAAACAGAAAUCGUCGGACUCAUCGACAGCAGCCAUGACCUCUGCCCUGGGCAGCAACCUGUCAGAGCUUGACAGGCUACUGCUAGAGCUCAAUGCGGUUCAACAGAGCUCCCCUUCAUUCCCCACUACAGAGGAGAGGGCACCUCCCUUGCCAUCCACCAGCAUCACCCACUAUGAAAAUGGCAAUGCCCCUGAAAUCAGAGUGAGUCCACCUCCUCAGGAGGAGCCCAAGAGGAAUGGAACAAAGCCGGAUGAAGCUCGGUCCACAGUGGAGAGUCUUUUGGAUGAGCUGGAGGGUUCAGUGCCUUCCACCAGCCCCUCCCCUCGCCACAGUGAUUUGGAUAGCCCCUCUCAGCAGCAAGCACGGAUUUCAGCUUCAUGUGCCACAAGAGAGUUAGAUGAGCUGAUGGCCUCUUUGUCUGACUUCAAGAUGGCUCAAGGCAAAGGGGGUGCUCCUGGCGGUGCCAAGACACAGGUCAACAAGCUGGACAACAUGCUUGGCAGCCUGCAGUCAGACCUCAACAAACUGGGUGUGCAGACGGUCGCUAAAGGAGUGUGUGGCGCCUGCUUGAAGCCAAUCGUGGGACAGGUGGUGAUCGCGAUGGGCCGCACGUGGCAUCCUGAACACUUUGUGUGCACACACUGCCAAGAGGAGAUCGGCUCCAGAAACUUCUUUGAGCGGGAAGGACAGCCGUACUGUGAAAGAGAUUACCAUAACCUGUGCUCCCCACGAUGCCACUACUGCAACGGGCCCAUACUCAAUCAAGUUGUAACUGCACUGGAUAAAACAUGGCAUCCUGAACACUUCUUCUGCGCUCAGUGCGGAUGCUUCUUCGACCCGGACGGUUUUCAUGAAAAAGAUGGAAAGGCCUACUGCAGGAAGGAUUACUUUGACAUGUUUGCACCAAAGUGCGGAGGUUGUGCCAGAGCGAUUGUGGAGAACUACAUCUCAGCGCUCAACUCCCUUUGGCACCCGGAGUGUUUUGUUUGCAGGGAGUGUUUCACGCCGUUUGUGAAUGGAAGUUUCUUUGAGCACGACGGCCAGCCCUACUGUGAAGUCCACUACCACGAGCGCCGCGGUUCUCUGUGCUCCGGCUGUCAGAAGCCCAUCACUGGUCGCUGUAUCACAGCCAUGUCCAAGAAGUUCCACCCUGAACACUUUGUCUGUGCUUUCUGCCUCAAGCAACUCAACAAAGGCACCUUUAAAGAACAAAACGACAAACCCUACUGCCAUGGCUGCUUUGUGAAGCUGUUUAGUUAAGGAGGGCAGCACCUACUAUACAUUUGGUACUGCACACUUCUUAAUUUUGGGUCUAGAAAAAGUGUCCAUAGCAUCUGCAGCACUAGCAAGGUGCCAUUUGAAGAAGGUGUUUAGCUUUUAAAUGUAUUGUCUGAACUGCAGACUGUGGCGUAGAUGUAUGCAGCAUUUGAGAACGCUGGAAAUCAUCAAGGUUCUUUGUUUUUACUCCAUAUCGGCAGCGUCACACAAGACUCAUUUUUUUUGUUUUUUAAGUUUCUUUCAUGACAGUUUGUUGUUUUACUUCAGAUGGUGGUGAAAGUGUUGUGACGAUUGAAGCAAUAUUGAAAUGUGCCUAUUUAACAUUCUCACUGGUUGAGUGUGUCCUGUUUAGGAAUGAAAACAAGUUCAAAUCACACGAUUAGCAGGGAGCAGGUGACCUGUUAUUACAUUAUUACAAAAUACAAACUGUUUAUGAGCUGACACAUCCAGCUCUUAGUGUUCAUUGUAUUGAACUUUUGACAAAGUGCAUUAACGUGAAUGAUAAUUUCAAUGGAAAUAUGAUUUGUGUGUGAAAAUGUCUUUGUGGACUCAUUUGUCAACACCAGCAUGUUACAAAAAUGAGUUUGAUGUACGCCAAUCGUAUCAGAUAGAAGAACAACGGAACAAUGUUUCUCAUUCAAGUACUCAUCUGUCUGCAUGUGUUGUUCAUUGAGAAAUUCCGCAAUUGUUUCAGCUGUUUCAAGCUAUUGGAAGCAGCACAAUCUUGUGUUUCUGACUUUCACUGCCAAAUCAUUCCUUAUUUCCAAUAAAGAGUCAUUGUUUCUUCAUGCAACCAAGUGUAACUUUUCAGAUAUUGGAAGGUGUGGUGAUUCCGGCCAUCUCCUACUAAUGCACUGUACUGCAGUGAAUCACAAGUGCAUUUUUUUGUACAUCUGCAGCUGGAAUACUUAGUAUGAGUAUGUUUAAUAACCACUCUGACAAGCAUAUUUAAUACUGGUUGAAAAAACGACGCAUGUGUGUUGUCAACCUGUGGUAUUACAGUGAGGCUGUAAGUUAGCAUGUAUGUUGGUGUUGACGCCUGGUGGUAUUUAAAGAGCAAAAAUAAGAGAUGAUGACCAGCAGGCUGAAUUUACAUGAUGGAAGGUCUUUCUGUGCCAGGAGUUCUACAGUAGAGCCUUAAGACUCAAGUCUUUUCUGUCUCACAGGAGUUACCAGUAAUGCACCAGCUGUCAAAUGAUUUUAAGUUAUUUAACCAAAACCAUGUACCCUUUCAUAUGUUUGUGUUUCUUAUAUAUAUUUUCUCUCUUUUAAAUGUCAAGAGUGUAGUGUCUUUCGUGAGAUCCCUCACCUAGAGACUGAGCACACAAAUA